AAUGUUUUGGUUAUAUGUGUCAAUGUCAAACUCACAUUGGUACAUGUGAUUUUUGGUGGAUUUUCGUCGUGUUAUUGUAAAAUCUUUAUUAAAAGCAAAAAUAUUACCAUAAAUAUGGACGAAACAACACCAACAGUUAGUUUGAUAUCUUGCAUGCACUUUGUGCGACGCGGUGUUGCGAAAGCGGUGCCGGAAAAGAUAGAAUUGACAGAAAAAGAGUUGGAGAAGAUUAUCAAACAGACAGCAGAAGAUUUAAAAUUAACAGAAGCUGGUGAUGACCAGAGUGAUGAGGAAGGUGAAGAAAAUGUCGCCCCUAGUGAGCCUCCGGCAGAUCCAAAUGACGAAUUCAACUUUGAAAAUUAUGACCAAGAAGACAAUAUUAAUCCAGUUGGUAUUGGCACAGUAGCAACUUUACCUAACUUGGGAGAUUUGAGUGAAAAUGUGCAGAUAAGGACGGAGGGUCCAGACAGUGAUGAAGAAGAUGACAUUAUCAAACCAAAUGACAACCUCCUUUUAGUGGGCCAUGUGGAGAGUGACGCCAGUGUCCUAGAAGUAUACAUUUACAACAAAGAGGAGGAUUCCUUUUACGUGCACCACGACAUAAUACUGCCAUGGUUCCCGCUGUGCAUAGAGUGGCUGAGCCAUGACCCCUCUGAUCCCAAUCCUGGUAAUCUUUGUGCCCUAGGCGGCAUGGACCCAGUGAUCCAAGUAUGGGACUUAGACAUUGAGAACUGCUUGGAGCCAGCAUUCAAGCUCGGUAAAAAACCAAAUAAAAAGAAGAAAACAAAACGGGUCGGACACAAGGACGCCGUUUUGGAUCUGUCAUGGAAUAGGAACUUUACGCAUGUGUUAGCGAGUGGGUCAGCAGAUAGUACGGUGCUGUUAUGGGACUUGGAUCAAGGCAUGCCGCACACUAAAAUAGACAGCUGUACUGAUAAGGUACAAUCCCUAGCGUUCCACCCGCUGGAGGCUCAGACGCUGCUGGGCGGGUCGUGUGACGGGUUCGCGCGCGCGUGGGACUGCCGCAGCCCCGCCGCCUGCCGCGCCUGGAGCCUCGCGCCAGAGAUCGAGCGCGUCGUCUGGGACACGCAGAACCCAUACUGCUUUGCGAUGAGCAACAACACAGGUAAAGUAGCGUACGUGGACUGCAGACAGGACGAGCCGCUGUGGACGCUGGACGCGCACGACAAGGAGGUGACCGGCCUCAUCCUGAGCGACCGCGUGCCCGGACUCAUGGUCACAGUCAGUACGGACGAAAAGCUCAAGACUUGGGAUAUUUCUACUUCCCCGCCGACGCAGGUGAGUGAGCGCGUGUGUCGCGUGGGGCAGGCGCUGUGCGCGGCGGCGUGUCCGGACGCGCCCUACAGCGUGGCCGUCGGCGGCGACAACAAGCAGAACUACAUCGAGCUGCUAGACUUGCAGAUCAAUGAACAAUUUACGAAUCGUUUCGCGUCAAGACCACUGAUAGCUGUUGCUACACCGCCAAGCGAAGAUGCUAUGGAGACAUAGACGUUUUAUUUAUAAUAAAAUAUAAAAUUAAAA